GCCACGGGGAUAGGCGGGCCGCUUGGCCGGCUGAAGACCCGCGGUCAGCCGGUAGCAGCUCCACUCCCUGGUUGCUGUUCCAGCCAUGGCUCUCCGCCGCUGGUGCUGGUGGGCCUGGUCGGUGUGGCCGCGGAUCCGGCCGCCUCCCGCCAGAAGCACCCCGACCCCAAGCUUUGGUCAGCAAUUCUCCACACAGAAGACCCCUCAGGUCUGUGUGGUGGGCAGUGGUCCAGCUGGCUUCUACACGGCCCAACACUUGCUAAAGCACCACCCACAGGCCCACGUUGACAUCUAUGAGAAGCAGCUUGUGCCCUUUGGCUUGGUGCGCUUUGGCGUGGCACCCGACCACCCUGAAGUCAAGAAUGUCAUCAAUACAUUUACGCAGACAGCCCGCUCAGACCGCUGUGCCUUUUGGGGCAACGUGGUGGUGGGCAGGGAUGUGUCAGUGCCCGAGCUUCAGGAGGCCUACCAUGCCGUGGUACUGAGUUAUGGAGCAGAGGAUCACCAAGCCCUGGGAAUUCCUGGAGAGGAGCUUCCUGGGGUGGUCUCUGCCCGGGCCUUUGUGGGCUGGUACAAUGGGCUUCCUGAGAACCAGGAGCUGGCGCCGGACCUGAGCUGUGACACAGCUGUUAUUCUGGGUCAGGGGAACGUGGCUCUGGAUGUGGCCCGGAUUUUGCUGACCCCACCUGAACACCUGGAGAAAACAGACAUCACAGAGGCCGCUUUAGGUGUGCUCAGGCAGAGUCGGGUGAAGACAGUGUGGAUAGUGGGCCGGCGUGGACCCCUGCAAGUGGCCUUCACCAUCAAGGAGCUUCGGGAGAUGAUUCACCUACCAGGAACUCGGCCCAUUUUAGAUCCUGCGGAUUUCUUGGGCCUCCAGGACAGAAUCAAGGAGGCACCCCGUCCAAGGAAACGGCUGGCAGAACUGUUGCUUCGAACAGCUACAGAGAAGCCAGGGGUUGAGGAAGCUGCUCGCCAGGCACUGGCCUCCCGUGCCUGGGGUCUCCGAUUUUUCCGAAGCCCCCAACAGGUGCUACCCACACCAGAUGGGCAACGAGCAGCAGGCAUCCGCCUGGCAGUCACAAGACUGGAGGGUGUUGGUGAGGCCACCCGGGCAGUGCCCACAGGAGAUGUGGAGGACCUCCCUUGUGGGCUGGUGCUGAGCAGUGUUGGUUAUAAGAGCCGUUCCAUCGACCCCAGUGUGCCCUUUGACCCCAAGCUUGGGGUCAUUCCCAAUAGAGAGGGCCGGGUUAUGGAUGUACCAGGCCUCUACUGCAGUGGCUGGGUAAAGAGAGGACCCACAGGUGUCAUCAACACGACCAUGACUGACAGCUUCCUCACCAGCCAGGUGCUGCUGCAGGACCUGGAGGCUGGGCUGCUGCCCUCAGGCCCAAGGCCUGGCCGUGCAGCAGUCCAAGCCCUGCUCAGCAGUCGAGGCAUCCGGCCAGUCUCUUUCUCAGACUGGGAGAAGUUGGAUGCUGAAGAGGUAUCCCGAGGCCGGGGCACUGGUAAACCACGGGAGAAGUUGGUGGAUCCGAGGGAGAUGCUGCAGCUGCUGGGAUGCUGAACCUGGAUCCCAGCCCCUGUUAGGGAGGGAGAAUCCCGUGCCAGGCUGAGGCAGUCUAAGCUAGACUCUAAUCCCAGCUUCAGUGCUGCCUGCUCUGCCUUGGAAGCUGGGCUGCAGCUCUCCAGGAGCCUUUGAGCACUGCCUUCUGCAUGUGGACCUUGCCAGUGUGGGUUUAGGGCAAGGAAGGAACAUUUAAGAGUGGAUGGAGGUACAAGCUGAUUCCACCCCCUCCUGCUUCUCUCCUGUUGGACUUUGGAGGGCCCCUAGAAUGGGAACAUGCUGAAAAUAAAACAGCUGUAACCAAGA